AUGCUACACCAGCUCGCCGGCGAGGCAGAGGGGCCACGUCAAGCCAGGAACGACACCGCACCGUCAGCUAUGGGAGGUAUUUAUUGCUCCAUAUCUCGGCCCACAUGCAUGCACCGCCUCUCUCAGUUUCAUUCUCCAUCAACGGGUAAAUUCAGAGUUAAUCCGCCGCCUCCGAUUCGCCGGAAAAAGCCCAUCAAGCUCCCCCACAUCCUCUCGGACUCUAGCUUCUCAUCCUCCCCACCGCCCAACCACCGCGAUUUCACCUACGACGCCAGAGCCAAUUCAACCUACUCGAGCACGCCUUCCCAGGCCUCCUCCGUCUGGAACUGGGACAACUUCUACCCUCCACCAUCCCCUCCAAAUUCCGAACAUUUCCAACAGCUCCAGAACAAGAAAAACCCUAAGCCCCAAAUCGAUUUCAACAACUCCGACUCAGAUGUCGACGAUGCCUACUCCGAUAACGAUGAUAAAGCUUCGACCUUCACAUCUUAUUCAAACCCCCACAAACAGACAAAUCAAUAUGAAACCCCUUUCAGCAGCAAUCACGGCAAGGACCCCCUAGACGACCGCGCGUCUAAUUACUCAUCUUUUUCCCGCUAUUCGGACAAUAGCUACGCAAGAAAAGAACCGGUUGUGAAGAAAGGCUCGAACUUGAAAAGAUGGGAAAAUGCGGAGGAGGAGACUGAGAGAGAAGAAGUUCAGUGCAGUGAGUGGGGGGACCACGACCGCUACAGCAGCACAAGUAGCUCGUCUGGUGAAGAGGAGAGAGAGGAUUUAAAGUCAAGAUCUGAUUUUGUGGGCCGUUCGGAUUUUGGGUCGGUGAAAAACGAGGGCAGUUAUGUGAAGCCCGCUAGUGUGGGGAGCGUUAAGAAUGCGGAUGUGAAUUCCAAGUUUUCGAGCAAGCUGGAAAAGCUGUCGUCUUUGGAUGAUGACGGCAAGUCUUCAGUUAGUUGGGGGGAUGUGAAUGAUCAGAAGGCGAAUUCUGACCGUAGGAUUGUAGUGAGGCACAAGGAUCUGGCGGAAAUCGUGGCGGCUAUAAGGGAGUAUUUCGAUAAGGCGGCAUCUGCUGGGGACCAGGUCUCGGAGAUGCUCGAGACGGGCCGGGCCCAGCUCGACCGAAGCUUCAAGCAGCUGAGGAAGACUGUUUAUCAUUCUAGUGGAAUGUUGAGCAACUUGAGCUCCAGCUGGACCUCAAAGCCUCCUCUGGCUGUUAAAUAUCGGUUUGAGCCGAGUUCAAUCGAGCAACCGGGUGGUCCGAAGAGCCUCUGCUCCACUUUGGAACGUCUCUUGGCGUGGGAAAAGAAGCUAUAUCAAGAAGUGAAGGCAAGAGAGGGAGUGAAAAUCGAGCACGAAAAAAAACUGUCUUCGCUCCAAAGCCAGGAAUAUAAGGGGGAAGAUGAGGCCAAGCUGGACAAGACAAAGGCGGCAAUAAAGAGGCUUCAAUCUCUAAUUGUGGUGACUUCUCAAGCUGUUUCGACUACUUCCUCUGCUAUUAUCGGCCUCAGAGACUCUGACUUGGUCCCACAACUUGUCGAGCUUUGUCAUGGGUUCAUGUACAUGUGGCGAUCGAUGAACCAAUUCCACCAAGUCCAGAACGACGUGGUCCAGCAGGUUCGUGGGCUGGUCCAACAGGCGAACAAGGCCCAAUCCACUUCCGACCUUCACCGGCAAGCCACACGCGACCUCGAAUCCGCCGUCGCCACCUGGCACUCCGCAUUCUGCCGCAUUGUCAAAUUCCAGCGCGAUUUUAUCUGCUCCCUCCACGCCUGGUUCAAACUCACUCUCAUCCCCAUCAAUAAUGAACACCAACAAAACAACAACAACAACAAUAAAGACCCGAUUUCGAACUCAUUCGCCUUUUGUGAUGAAUGGAAACUCGCCCUCGACCGAGUCCCAGACACAGUAGCCUCUGAAGCCAUCAAGAGCUUCAUCAAUGUUGUUCACUCCAUCUCGUUAAAGCAAACAGAGGAGAUUAAAAUCAAGAAAAGGACAGAAAGUUCAUCCAAGGAGCUCGAGAAAAAGGCAUCGUCUUUGAGGAGUAUAGAGAAGAAGUAUUAUCAUUCUUAUUCUAUGGUGGGGAUUGGGCUUCCGGAUAAUGGGCCCGAUGGCGGGGCAGGCCUGGAUGCUCGCGACCCGCUAGUGGAUAAGAAGGCUGAGCUGGCAGCGUGCCAGAGGCGGGUGGAGGAUGAGAUGCAGAGGCACUCCAAGGCGGUGGAAGUGACUCGGGCCAUGACGCUGAAUAACAUUCAAACCGGCCUGCCGGGGGUUUUCCAGGCCAUGACGAGCUUCUCGGGCUUGAUGAACGAGGCGCUUGAGACGGUUUGUAAUCGGGCGUAUGAUAUUUAA